AUGACUGAGCUGAGAGCCUCUGGCGUGACGGCUGGAACAGCGCUGAGGUGGAGAGAAGGAAUCAGGAAGUCCUCACCUUCCUGGCCCGCCCGCCCGCGGCUCCUGGAGGGAAUUCCUGGAGGCCCCUGUGCCCUGGAGCAGCUGCUUGGUCCUGAGGGAGUGGACCUUCCAGGGGAGGCCUGAGCCCCAGGGGGAGAGCUCAAACAGUGGAGGGCGGAGGCUCUGACACUACUGACACCCUCCUGGGUGCAUCCCAGGCAUUCAGAGGAACCACCCCUCCCCGGCCCUGCCCUCAGCCCUGUAAUUACCCGGCCCCAGCCGGCUUGCUCCCAUUCCUUGGCUUCCAGUGGCUUCGAGGAAAGAGGCGGAAGUCCCUGUGAUUAGAGAUGACAGUAGGAGAAAAAAAGGAGGGACGCCAGCCUCCGGGUUACACGUCAGCAUGGCCUUCCAAGCAUGUUUGACUGGUUAGGCUCUGAUGGGACUCCUGUGUCACUGGGCUGGCCCUCCCAGAGAUGGGCCUCCUCCCCUAUAAAGCCUGUUGGGGUUCCCAGGCACCCAGGCUCAGCCCACCCCUGACAUUGGGGGCCAGGAGACAGCCAUGAUGCUCGACUGGAAGCUGCUGGGGAUCCUGCUGCUUUGCCUGUACCCGGGAGGCAUCUCAGGCAGUGGAGACCACCCCCCUCCCCCACCGGCAGGGGCUGGACAGGAGGAGGGCUCCCCAACAUUUCCUCAGGGUGCCCCCAUCCCCGGUGACCCCUGGCCAGGGGCACCCCCUCUCUUUGAGGACCCUCCACCUCCAGGCCCCAGUCGUCCCUUGAGAGACCCGCCUGAAUCUGGAGUCUGGCCGCCUAAGCCUCCUAGAACCGAUCCCCCUAAACCUCCCCGGCCUGACGACCCCUGGCCAGCAGGACCCCAGCCUCCAGAAAACCCCUGGCCGCCUGCCCCUGAGACGGACCGCUGGCCUCAGGAGGAGCCAGACCAUGACCUGCCCCGGGAAGAGUACAGAUAGACAGACCUCCCAGAGGCCGCCCGAGCCCCUCUCUACUGCUUCCCCUGAAUUAGCCUAACCCUUCCUUCCUCACUCCCUCAAUUGCAUUCUCAGUCAUGAAGGUGCGCUCUCAGCAUUUCCUAUCCCCUCCUGAGCCAUAUUUAGCGCCCACAUCCCCCCUCUUUUUUCUCUAACAGCAUAAGCAUAUAUCCCUACCUCAGUCUAGUCCUCUCUUCUACUUGGGCCCCCCCUCCCCCAACGCCCCUUUCCUGGGUCCCCUCACCGCUCUGUGCUCUCUGCUGCCACCUGGUGGCUUAAACUAGGAACUGUCAGGAGGCAAUGAUGGUGCUUCUGUGAAAUGGAAAUAAAAAGCAUGUUUUCUUAA